AUGAAUUAUGCAUUCGAUUGCAUACUGGGCAUGCCAUGGUUGGCACGUUAUAAGCCCCAGAUCGACUGUGACUGGUCGAACGUCACAUUCGUGGAUCGUGAUUCCACGACACUGGCGGUGCACAGAGCGAGCGAUGGCCCUCUCUGCACUGCUUGUGCUGUUCUUCGAGACACAAGUGACAGUGACUCCUCGCUACAGAGCGAAGAGGACGACGCGGUCGAACAGGGGUUUCCGCGCGUCUUUAACGCGGUUGAACAGGGGCUCCCGCACGUGAAUGCAGUGGUCGAACCGGGGUUCCCAUCUGCACGUAUUGUGGUAGAACAGGGGCUCCCAUAA